UUUACCAAUCUCCUUAGACUGUUGAAGAUGGAGAAGUAUAUUUCUAAUAAGCUGACUUUGGGGGAUAUUCUAGAAAUCUCUGCAGAGAACAGUAAAGACAAUAAACCCCAGAAGAUAGAAGAUGUACCCUGGUGUACUCUGAGGAAGAUCAUGGCUCUGGACAGUACUGCAAGAAAAACUCACACAGAUGCUGGAAAAGAAAUUGAUCAAUUUAAAGCUAUUUUUGAGGAUUCACAAAGUUCCAUCCACCCCCUUGAUGUCCUCUGUGUUCUCCUCCAUUGUUCAGACAGUUUUCUACAACAAGAGAUUGUCAGCAAAAUGUCCAUGUGUCAGUUCGCUGUCCCUCUACUGUUCCCUGCUGGUGACGGGUCACAGUGUACCUAUAUGCUGUGGGCAAUGAGAGACAUUGUGAAGAAGUGGAGACCUCAGUCACUUGCUGACAGCAAAGGGUUCAGAGAGGAAAAUGUGGUGAAUAUUUCAAUGCCAAUCAUUUCCUUUGUAAGAUUGGGGAAAACCAAGUUGUCCAAAUCUAAAACUCUGAAUCAAGUUCUCAAUCCUAUCCAGCAGCAUUACAAAUUAUUCAUCCAUGAUGAUAUGGAAGGAAGAAACCUUGAAAGGAAAAUAUCUGAUGGACUUGUGGAAAUAUCCUGGUAUUUUCCCUCCAGUAAAUCUGAUGUUUUUCCAGAAGCCUUUGCAGUGACCAACCUACGUGGAGACUUGGAGUCCAACUGGGACCAGUUCACAUUUCUGAGUGAAAUCUCAUCAGCUGUGUUCAUAUUUAUGGAGACAAUCAAUGAGCGAGAAUUCCAACUGUUAUCAAAAUGCAGUCAGAGUGACACCACGUUUUACUUUGUUGUUACACCAGGCAAAGCUAUAGAGGAAGAAACAAAAAGUAUUCUUUUGCGUCUAUUGCCAGUAUUAAGAACUGAUAAGGAACAUGUUAUCUUGAAAAGCAAAGCAGAGAAUGAUGCAACUUUCAUUAAAAAAAUCCAACCAAAACUUCAAAAUGUUUUAAAGAAAUGCUCCAAAUAUAUAGUACUAGAUCUCCAUAAAUUUUUUGCUAAACAUAAUUUUGUGGUGGAUGAAAAUACAAAAGAAUGCCAGAAAGCAAAAGAUCUUGCCAUCAAAAUCACUCGAGAAAUCCAGGAUGUAGCACAGUAUAAAAAGCAAACAAUGAAAUUACAAGGAGAUCUCUCGAAACAAUUGUCUAAAAUAGAAAAAGAACUUUGCAGAAUGAAAAAUCAAGGAGAGGGGAAUGCAGUAAAAUAUCAGGCUGCUCUCCUAAAGGAAUGCAAUAACCUGCACUCAGAGCAAUAUAAACAUCAAAUUCCAAAAGGUAUACAGAUUUUUACAGAGGCUCUUACUAAUUUGUCUAAGAAAGAAAGACAAUAUUUUCUAAAAUGGAUGAAAUUUAAGCUUGAUGCAAUUGCUAGACACAAUCUGACAGAACUUCAAAGUAUAUAUAAGCAGAAAUGUACCAACACCGCACGUAGAAAAGAACUUCAGGACUUGGAUCAGAAACUUUCAGAUAGCUCUUUAGGGAUAGAACACUUUCUACGUGAACUGGGUCAGUUCUAUGAAGCUGAAAGUUCUAUGACAAAACAAAAACAAAUUGGGAGUUAUCAAAAAAAGUUUUCUAAACUUCCAGGAAUAGCAGCCAAACUUCUAAUGGAUGGGUUUCCAUUGGAGCUUAUUGAUGGAGAUGCUUCUAACAUCCCCAUUCAAUGGAUAACAGAUGUCUUGACUGAAUUGGAUAUCAAGACAGGAAAAAAAUGCAAAAUGAGAGUGAUAACUGUGCUGGGAGUGCAGAGUACAGGGAAAUCCACCCUUCUCAACACCAUGUUUGGUUUGCAGUUCCCAGUGGCCAGUGGAAGAUGCACACGAGGAGCCUUCAUGACUCUUCUAAAUGUUGAAAAGAACUUUCAGGAAAAGCUGGGCUGCCACUUCAUCCUGGUGAUUGAUACUGAGGGGCUGAAAGCUCCAGAGUUGGCCUCUUUGGAGGACAGUUAUGAACAUGACAAUGAACUGGCCACACUAGUGGUUGGGCUGAGUGAUAUCACCAUAGUCAAUGUGGCCAUGGAAAACACAACAGAAAUGAAGGAUAUUUUACAGAUUGUGGUCCAUGCUUUUCUUAGAAUGAAAGAAAUUGGGAAGAAGCCCAAAUGCCAGUUUGUACACCAGAAUGUCAGUGAUGUAUUGGCUCCUGAUAAGAACAUGAGAGACAGGAGGAAACUUCUGGAACAGCUGAAUGAAAUGACAAAGGUGGCUGCCAAAAUGGAGAAAAAAAAUGAGAUUUCCGCUUUCACUGAUGUGAUGAAGUACGAUCUUAGGAAGGACAAUUGGUACAUUCCUGGCCUGUGGCAGGGAGACCCACCAAUGGCCCCAGUAAAUCUUGGCUACAGCUCAAAUGUGCUUGAGCUUAAAAUGUAUUUGUUUACAUUCAUGGAAAGUGAGAAAUCUGAUAACAAACCAUCCAGCAUCUCUGACUUUAUUACUUGGAUAGAAAUUUUAUGGCGAUCUGUGAAACACGAGAAAUUCAUCUUCCGUUUUAGAAACAGUCUGGUGGCCAAAGCCUACAAUAAAUUGUCUACCGAAUAUUCCUUAUGGGAAUGUGAUUUCUGUAAAAGAAUUCUCGACUGGGUGGUCAGCACAGAAAAUGACAUCAAUAAACAAGAGCUGCAGAAUAUUCUUCUGGAGGAAGAAAUCAAGAUGACUGAUUUACUAGAGAAAUAUUUUGAAAACUCAGAAAAUGCAAAUCUCAUAGAAAGACACAGAGAAGAAUUCAAAUUAAGUAUAAAGAGCCUGAGAAAAGAACUUGAAAGAAACGCUCUUAGCAAGUGCCAUGAGGCUGUUUCUAUCCAGAAAGGAAAAAUACAAAUCCAGAACAUCGAGACAUUGAUUGAAGAUAAAAUAACACAUCUCCUGCAAAGAUAUAGACACAAUAAUAUUGAAGUAAUUGAAGAAGAAAUUCAAGAAGAAUUUGAGUCUAUGUGGAAGAAGACAUUAUCAGAGCUGCAGUUGGAAGAACUUAGAAGAUGUAAUGUGGGUCAUUCUCUUCUUCACCUUCUUACAAAUGACAUGAGCAGUAAAGGACCUGAGAUAAAUAGAGCAUUAAUUAUGGUCAGUGAUUUACAUCACUAUACAAAGCAAGGGGACAGGUUUUCUAUAGAUGAUAACAAACACUUUGAUCACUCUGUGAGAUCAUUUGUCAGCAACCGAAUAUUUAAGCAAGAUCAUAUUAGGAAGGUUAGCGAUCUUGCUGCUUCAAUAAUUCGGACCAGUGAUGAGUAUAUAAAAGAGAAGACGUCUUCCAGAGAUGAUUACAAUGAAAUGUACUCUAAAGAAUUGCUAUACAAGAUCAAUAAUAUGCUAAAUGAUAAAAGUGUGAAAAGGCUUAACUUUAAUAAAAUGUUUGAGUUGGAUAUCAAACUUUUCAUUUUUGGAAAAGCCUCUCAAGCCUUCCAGAAGUUACAUGACAAGUUUCUCCAUGAGAAUGACCCCAAACGUUGCCUGAAGAAGCUAAAGCCUCAGUACUUGUCUAUAUUUCUCAUGAUUUUCCACAAAAAAGAUGAGAGUCGAAGCAGAGCCAGACAGUUUUGUGAGCUGUGCCUGAAACCAGCAAUAAUAGAUUAUGUUUUCAAACAUCUUGGACAAAAAAUAGUAGAUGAGAUUUUAAUUGAAAAUUUCACAUUCCACAGCAAAAGUUCUUUCCAGUGUAUGGUUCUAGAGGAGCUUCUAGAAGACAUGUCAUUCCACAAGUAUGAUGAAUACAUCAGUUCCUAUGAGAGCUUUAUAAAAAAAUGGAUUUUGGCUUACAUCACAAACAAAUAUGACAGAGGAUCAGCUUUACAAACCUUGCAGGAGAAUAUUCUGUCAUUCAUUGACAAGACAAUAAAAAACGCUCUUAAAAAUGAAAGAUGUCGGAAGGAAAACUUGGUGUCGGGUUUUUUGGAGAAGUUUUGUGAGUUAUUAAAAACAGAGUUGGUGAUUUCACAAAAAGAGAUGAAAGUCAUCACAUUCCUUAACUUCGGGAGCGUUGUGCAAUUCUCAUCGGAAAUUGAAAAUUUCCUCCCAGAGACACAACAACAAAUCCGAUCAGAUCUUAGAUCUAUAGAUAUACAGUAUAUUCUUUCCAGGGUGAUAGUAAAAAAUCUGCAUGAAUUGUUCAGGAAGGUGGUUGGAUGUGGCAAGCAGUGUCCUUUCUGUGGUGUCCCCUGUGAGGCCGGAGGGAGUGAUCAUAAGAAUCAUUCAGCUUCCAUUCACAGACCACUAGGAUUGGGACAAUACUAUUUUGUGGAAGAUGAGAAGCUGUUCAUUGAUAUCUGUUCUACUCUUGUUGUAUCUAACUUAACUUUUAGAAAUACAGACACUGAAUGGAAAGAUCAUCCCUACAAAGAGUAUCGUACAUAUUAUCCAGAUUGGGUCAUUCAGCCCGACUCCAGCAUUGGGUCCUCAGAUUACUGGAAGUUCAUCUUUGUAAAGUUUAAUCAACAGUUUGCAAAAGAGUAUGGAGCACAACCGGCUGAGCUGCCGGAGACCUGGAUGGAAAUCACUAGAGAGCAAGCUCUUCACAGCUUGAAAAAAGCCUUUAAUGUGAAUUGACAGCCAUAUAGUGAUCAUUACAAACUGAUUUACAUUGGGGACAAAUGAG